AUGCGUUCUCCCGCUGAAGUCGAAGAGGCCGUUGCGAUCCGGCAAGCUUCGGAAACGGCCGACAUGACACAGCACGUCCACAGCCAGUCCAGUCUUCAGGAUGAAGAAAGAGGCAUCACGACGACGGGCGAAUACAAGGUGUACAAGAGGCGAUUUCUAGGCUUGGUUCAGCUCGUUUUGCUCAACAUCGUGGUCAGCUGGGAUUGGCUGACUUUUUCUGCGAUUUCGACAACCUCCGCGGCGUAUUUCCAGGUUUCUGAGGGCGCAAUAAAUUGGAUGAGCACUGCUUUUCUCUUUGCAUUUUGCUUGGUGACGCCUAUAACGAUCUUUACCCUCAACAAAGGAGGCCCGAAACCUGCCAUCCUAGCGACCUCUGCCUUGAUUCUUGUCGGAAACUGGAUACGCUAUGCUGGAACCAAAGCGAACGGAGGCAUCUUUGGGCUCGCGAUGCUCGGUCAGAUUCUUAUCGGCUUUGCGCAGCCAUUCUGUUUGAGCGCUCCCACACGAUACAGUGAUCUAUGGUUCUCAGACCAUGGACGCACCAGCGCGACGGCAUUAGCGACGCUUGCGAAUCCUCUUGGUGCAGCAAUCGGCCAAUUGGUCGACUCCGUCUGGGCCACGGAGCCUAGUGAUGUGCCGAAUAUGGUGCUCUAUAUCUCCAUCAUCUCUACGGUUGCAACAGUUCCCUCAAUCUUCCUCCCUGCCGCGCCUCCCACUCCUCCCAGUGCUUCCUCCCAAGCAACGGUAUCACGAGGCUCUCUCCGGAAGGAAAUCACACAACUCUUCUGCACCGUCGAGUUCUACCUCAUCUUCAUCCCGUUCUCCAUCUACGUCGGCUUCUUCAAUAGCGUCUCUUCCCUUCUGAACCAGAUCCUAUCGCCUUACAACUUCUCCGAAACCGACGCCGGAAUCGCCGGUGGAAUCCUGAUCAUCGUCGGACUGAUCGCCUCCGCAAUCGUAUCUCCCUUAACAGACCGUUUCAAACACUACCUAACUACAAUCAAAAUCCUCAUCCCCAUCGUCGCCGCCUCAUACAUCGGACUGAUCUUCGCCCCGUCAAGCCCGGCGGGCAUCGCUCCAUCCUACGUCGUCUGCGCAAUCCUAGGCGCAUCCUCCUUUUCUCUCCUCCCAGUCACCCUCGAAUACCUCGUGGAGAUCACAUACCCCUUCGCUCCAGAAAUCGGAAGCACCAUCUGCUGGACAGGUGGCCAACUCCUCGGAGCUAUCUUUAUCAUCGUCCAAGACGCCCUCAAGGCCCCCUCGGACGCUCAUCCACCGUAUAAUAUGAGAAACGCACUAAUCUUCUCCGCUGUCAUUUCGGCCGUCGUCGUUCCUCUACCGCUCUCCUUGGGCCUGUUCGGUCGGAAAGUGAGUAGGCGUCGGCUGCGAGCGGAUCGCAGCACUUAUGGUGUCAAUGAUGCUACUACCAUCACUACUGGAAUCAACGGUGAGAGCUCAUCAUCAGACGCUAACAGAGAAGUAACCACAUCAUCUGUCACGGCCAAUAAGAACGAUGAUGAGAAUGGCCGUUGA